AUGUGGUCCGAUACAUUUGUCAUCGUAUUUAUUUCAAUUUGUACGGCUCUAUUAGGAGAAGGAUUAACAUGGUUAUUAGUAUAUCGAACCGAAAAAUAUCAAAAACUGAAAGUGGAAAUUGAAAAAUCUAGUAAAAAACUUGAAAAACGUAAAGAAGCUCAUGGAGACUCUGUAGACAAACAACAGAAGAAAAAAAUUGAACGUGUUGAGGAAAAACUUAAAAUUAACAAUCGUGAUUUGUCAAUGGUAAAAAUGAAGUCCAUGUUUGCCAUUGGUUUUGCAUUUACGGCAUUAUUAAGCAUGUUCAAUAGCAUAUUUGAUGGACGUGUUGUAGCAAGAUUACCUUUUACACCUAUUCCUUGGGUUCAGGGCUUAUCACAUAGAAAUCUACCUGGUGAUAAUUACACAGAAUGUUCAUUUAUUUUCUUGUAUAUAUUGUGUACCAUGUCAAUACGUCAAAAUAUUCAAAAAUUAUUGGGAUUCGCUCCAUCAAGAAUGGCUAAUAAACAAAGUGGUGGCUUAUUUGGACCUCAACCUCAACAAUUUAAAUAA